AUGGCGUUGGGAUUGCCAAGGUUUGCAGUGAUCCAAUCACAUGAACCCCCCAAAAACUACUUGCGCUACAUGCGUGAGGAUGGGGGGUCACAUGGAACUCUCCAAUUCAGUGGAGAGGAGAUCGUGAGCCCAUAUUCAAAGUUCGAAAUUGAGAGGGCAAAGACUACUGCUGCGGCAGGGAAUGACAAUGGAUUUGUUCACAUAAGAUGCUGUUACAAUAACAAAUACUGGGUGGCUAACUCAAGCUCUGACCCCAGCAUUAUUGCAGGGGCCGAUGAACCUAACGAAAACCAAUCCCAAUGGUCAUGUACGUUGUUCGAGCCUAUUCGGCGGCAGCUGCAUAGAGAUUUGUUCCAGAAUAUUCAGAUGGAUGAUGAAGAAGAAGAAGGUAGUACUAAUACUACUGUUAUAUUUCGCCAUGUUCAGCUCAGGGACAAUUUGGUCUACCCGGUGGGCAGCGGCGGCCAGAUCAGGGCCUGCCUGAUAGCACAAUUAAAAUUGCUUUCCAAUUCGUGUGCUGUUGUCCAUAUCAUCGAUUGGGAAUCACUGUUCAUGUUGACCAAACACAUCGCGCUCAAGGGGGACAACGGCCGGUACCUCAGUGCCCGCUGGAUCGAGGGACACCAGUAUCUGCAGUUCGCUUCCUGUGACAAUGGAGACCCUACGGUUGGGAACCAGGUGUUCGUCAAUAAAGAUGGAAGCGUCCGCAUCAAGAAUGAUCACUUUGGCAAGUUCUGGAGGCGCAGCCCUAAUUGGAUCUGGGCUGAUUCAAAUGACACCACCACCACCAACUUGGACACGUUGUUCUACCCCGUAAAAGUUGGUGACAACGUCAUCGCUCUCCGCAAUUUGGGUAACAACAAGUUCUGCAAGAGGCUCACCACCGAGGGCAAGACGGAUUGUCUCAAUGCUGGAGUAGACACGAUUUCCAAGGAGGCACGCUUGGUAGUUGAAGAGCUUGUUGCCUCAAGGGAAAUUUACGAUGUCAAUUUUCACCUCUUGGAUGCGAGAAUCUACAACCAGAGCAUCGUUACAAUGGUAACUAAAACUGCCACUAACGAUACACAAGAAUCCAACACUGCAACACUGAAGUUCUUGCGUAAUGAGACUAAGAGCAGUACUUGGAACGGUAGCGUUUCGUUCAAGUUAGGCGUGAAAACAGAGAUCCAAACGGGCAUUCCAUUCAUAGUAGAAGGAAAGGUGGAAGUUUCAGCUGAGUUUACGGGAAGUUACCAGUGGGGUGAAACUGUGUCCACAGAGAACCAAGUGGAGACUGAGUACACAAUUUCAGUGCCGCCAAGGAGCAAGGUCACGGUAAGUCUCCUAGCGACACAGGGUUCAUGCGACGUUCCAUACUCUUAUACUCAGCAUGACACGCUUAUGAACGGCGGGCAAGUUAUCCACAACUUCGACGAUGGCGUUUACACUGUAUCUCUGUCGGAAAGAAAGAAAUCCAGUGAAGUAUUGUCGUUGUUGAGUCAAUUAGUUUCAUCUUUAAGUACUUCUGAAAACAAUGUGGCUAGCGAGACUGCACUGCAGCAUAGUGGAGUUCAUGCAUUUGGGGAAAAUGUCUCCUUUUCUAUCUACGUGGUGCCUUCUCUUUGGUCGGAACCCGUCUUGGCCGCACACGCAAUUCUGAAGCUACUUUUCUUAACCAAGGAAAACAAAAAUGAUGGAGAGGAAGUUGGUAUCUAG